AAAAAAAAAAAAAAAAAAAAAGAAAGUAAGCUUUAUUUCAUUUCUCUCUGCGUAAUCCUUACUCUCUCUUCUACCUUCAGAUGCUCCAAUCAUCAGUAGUUUCCACAGUGUCAAAAUCCCAUUUUACCCUUCAUUACUCAACCUACACGCGCCACCAUUUUUACCACCCCAUUGCCGCCAUUAGAAUUCAUGUAUAACAAAUUUACAAUUUUAGGGUUUCUCUGUUCUGGUCUAAUUCUUGGUACUGGGUAGUGAAUUAAAUGCUUAUCCCUGGAAUUAUUGGGUUUCAAACCCUUUUCUUUUUCUUUGUGUUCUUGUUUUGCCUUUGGUUACACCAUAAGUGGCGAAAUGCGGUGGCUAGGAAGGAGGAGAUCAGACGGCUUGUCGAUUUGGUCUCAAAGGAGUCUGCUUUGGUAGAAUUUGAGGCUGUUUACGAGUAUAGUUCUUUUCCAAAACCGCACCAAUGCGCCGUUUGCUUUUGCCCAACCACCACGCGCUGUUCUCAAUGCAAAUCUGUUCAUUACUGUUCUGGUAAGUGUCAAAUAGUUCAUUGGAGACGAGGCCACAAGGAUCAAUGUCGACCCCUAACUACUGCAAUGCAUUUGAAACUUGAUAGUGAAUUUUGUGAAAGAUCUUCAGAAAAACAAUCUGAAAUGCAUGUUUUGAGAAGUGAAUUAUUAGCCAAUGUUUCUACCAAUAAACAACUUGGUUACAGUUGUACAGGCAGAUCAGAGACACCUUCUGAAGAUGUUUUGCCUGAUAUACCUUGCAGUAGGGCUAGUUCUGAGGAAAUGCAAGAAACUAAAUUGCCUCCUCCAAAGUCUAAUAAGACAGUCACUUAUGUAAAUAGUGUUUCUCGGCCAAGUAAGUUAAAUAAGGUGAAACCCAGUUAUAAUGGUGAAGCGGUUGAUGGUGAUCCUCAGCUUCCAAAUGGCAAGGUCAUGUCUGAUGAUGUCAGGCCAGCAAAAUCGGGCAAUAAGAAGUUCAUGAAAAAAGCUGCAUUGCCAGAAAUGUUAGUUACGGAUUCUGCAAAGUGUAAGGGCUCAACAUCCUUGAGCAGUUUGAGGUUAGAUUCUGUGACUGAUGAUGGGGAAGACGAUUCACAAGUAAUUAAGGGUAAACAUGCAAGAUCUUUGUCAUCUAACGCUUCCGGUGAUCAUUCACGAGAUGCUUCUAAUGGCUUGAAAAAUUCUGUCUGGAGGAAAGUUCAGCAGUUGAAAAUGAAGCAAUCUCACAGUCACGAGAGAAUUUUUCCAUAUGAACUGUUUGAGAAGCUUUACUCUUGUGACGAAGAACUAAGCCCAUUUGGGCUGAGAAAUUGUGGGAAUAGUUGUUAUGCUAACACAGUGCUCCAAUGCCUGGCGUUUACUCGGCCUCUGACUUCCUACUUUGUUCGUAGGCUCCAUUCUGGCACAUGUCGAAAGAAGGAAUGGUGUUUCAUAUGUGAAUUUGAAUCUUUGAUUCUGAAAGCAAGGGAAGGGGAGUCCCCCUUGUCACCAAUUAGGAUUUUAUCAAAGAUAGAAAAAAUUGGCAGUCAUCUUGGUCAUGGGAAAGAAGAAGAUGCCCAUGAAUUCUUGAGGUAUGCUGUAGAUACAAUGCAGUCUGUAUGCCUCAAGGAAGCUGGAGCUUUGGGCGUAUUGGCUGAAGAAACAACUCUAGUAGGACUAACUUUUGGGGGUUACCUUCGAUCAAAGAUAACGUGCAUGAAGUGCUUUGGCAAAUCUGAAAGAUUUGAACGGAUUAUGGAUUUAACUGUUGAGAUAGAUGGGGACAUUGACACCCUUGAAGAAGCUUUAAUGCAAUUUACGGCUUGUGAAAUGUUGGAUGGAGGGAACAAGUACAUCUGCAGCAGGUGUAAAUCUUAUGUGAAAGCUAAAAAGAAGCUGUCAUUAUUAGAGGCACCUAAUAUCCUUACAAUUGUGUUAAAGCGGUUCCAGUCUGGUAAUUUUGGGAAGCUGAACAAGUCAGUUCGUUUUCCUGAGGUCCUUGAUAUGGCUCCAUAUAUGUGUGGAAAAAGUGAUAAAUCUCCUCAGUAUAGUCUUUAUGCAGUGGUUGUUCAUAGGGAUAUGCUGAAUGAUACUUCUACUGGUCAUUAUGUCUGUUACAUAAAGACUUCCCAUGGCGAAUGGUUUGGGGUUAACGAUAGUAUAGUAAUGCCUGUAGAAUUGGAAAGGGUGUUAUUGGAAGAGGCAUACAUGCUCCUUUAUGCAAGACACCAUCCUCGAGCCCCAUCUGUAUUGAAGAGUAAUGUAGAGACAUACGGAGUGAAGCUCGAGAAAAGAAAUUUGGAAGCUGUACCUUCCAGCCUUAAUACAUCAAAGGCAAAGUCAAAGUCAAAGUCCCACUUUCCAACUGCUGAUCCAUCAAAGCCACAACUGAAGCAUGGCAAAUACCCAUACCGGAUGACUCCCGAUGAUUCGAUCAGUAAUAAGUUGCUGGAACCAGAUGAUUGGAGAUUCCAUCUUGUGGACUCAUCAAGUGAGAGUUCCUCCCUUUUUAGUUGGUCUGAUGCAAGUUCUUGCAGCACCGCGAGCACAAAGGGCUCAGUGAAGAGUGAAGACUUUUCCGAUUUCCUAUUUGGUGAAGCGGGACCUGGUUGGUGUGGCCAUGGCCAUUGCGGGCUUUCAUCAGAUGCUGCUGCCCCUCCAUUGUAUAGAAAUGGUGAUGCAGAUUUGCAUAGGAGAAAGGAUAGUUGGAGACAACCGCCUCCACAGAAUGACUGGAGAUAGGAUGUAGAUGGGCAUGGAAACCUGCAUUCUUUGUACACUGAUACAGGUAAAAAAGAAAAAAGAAAAAAAAAAAGAGAAUGUGGAAAGUUAA